AUGCGUCAAUUAACAGAGGACGAAACUCGUGUUGUUUUUGAAAAAUUGGCUGGCUAUAUCGGCAGAAAUAUCAAACUUCUCGUGGACAAUAAGACUCAACCAUUUGUCUUCAGACUCCAGAAAGACAGAGUGUAUUAUGUUCCUGAACACAUUGCUAAACUGGCCACGUCAGUUGCCAGACCAAAUUUGAUGUCUGUGGGUCUCUGUUUAGGUAAAUUCACCAAAACUGGUAAAUUCAGACUUCAUAUCACCGCUCUCACAGUGCUGGCAGAACAUGCCAAAUACAAGAUAUGGAUCAAGCCAAACGGAGAAAUGCCAUUUUUGUACGGAAACCACGUUUUGAAGGCCCAUGUCGGCAAAAUGUCAGAAGAUAUUCCUGAACACGCCGGUGUAAUAGUAUUUUCCAUGCACGAUGUACCGCUAGGAUUUGGUGUAAGCUCCAAGAGCACUUCCGAAUCGAGAAACUUGCAGCCCACCGGUAUCGUUGCGUUCAGACAAGCAGACAUUGGGGAAUACCUCAGAGAUGAAGACACACUUUUCACCUAA